CAGAUUCCAGCAAUUAUUUCAAAGCAGCCACACAGCAGUGAAACAAAACCACAGAUCCAAGAUGAAGGCCUGGUUCGUUCUUAUCCUGCUGCUGCCUCUCUGCAUGGGGGGGCACGGUGACUCAUUUGAGGUCCAUGCUGACCCGGGAGUUUGUAUGUUCUCCCCGUGUUGGCGUGGAGUUCCUCCAGGUGCUCUGGUUUCCCCCACAAUCCAUAGACAUGAAGCGGAUCACUACAUUGAGUGCUAUGGUGAAGAUUUCCUGAUGGUGAGGAACAUGGUUCUGCAGUGCAGGAGUAAAGUUACUCAGGCCUGCUAUACCAGAGCAACUGGAGAGAAAGGCUGCGUCAGUGUGGAGUUCUGUCAAAGGAAAGGCUGGACAUGUUGUUAUGAAAACUUGUGCAACGCUUGAUCCUCACAGAGUCUGCUAACCGCCAGCUUCAUUAAUGCCUCAGUCACUUGUUUUCAUUUUAUACUCUGACACCAAUACGAUUUUAUAUUGUGACAGCAAUGAUUUAAAAUAAAAAAAAUCAGUCAUUUUCA